AUGGCAAGCCAUACUGAACAUAGAAACUAUUCGAAGGAUCCAAAAAUAAAAGAAAAAUGGAUAAAUGCAACAGGAAGGGGUCCAAACUGGUUUCCAACAAAAAAUAACACAAAAUGCUCGUGUCACUUUGAACCAAAGUGUUUUCAACCAUUAAAGAAAGUUCGUCGGCUCUUCGAAUGGUCGGUCCCAACAUUGAAGUUGCGUAUGGUGUUGACAAAUUAUGUGGAACCUUCCUUAUCCAAAGUUUGUACUGUUGCUUCAAAACCUCCAAUCGGAAGGGAAUUACAAAACCUCGCUUGUGAGUAA